AUGAAAGCCCUGGUUUUGGUAUUUUUGUUGCACAUUUUGAGACUCGCCAAGUCUGCGGAGGUUCCAGAGGUCAAAGUCUCCCUGGAUAUCACCCAAAUAGAUGCCUCAAAGAUCAAAAUUACCAGCGAGCUGGUUUACGGCAUCCAACACCUCGUUCUUGAGGGAAAAGAAGGAUUUUACGUAGGCUCAGUUACGAGAGGUGGACAGAGCAUGUGGAAGGAGACCGCUGGAAAAAGGUUUUUGGCAGUUGAGCAGUUUUCAAGGGGCGGACAUCAGUCUAUAUUCUAUUUGCACCUGGUUGAUGUGGAUAAUAACGCACUUGACAAGUUUUUUGUAGAUGAUGGAAACUUGAGGGAGAUUCAAAUGAUAGAAUUUCAGGAGAGAACCGAAGCCAUGAAGAGGGGAAUCGCGGCGUCAAGAUCUCUACCAGGCCAUUUAGAUAUAGGCAAUGUUGAUUUCGCAAGAGCAAACGUAGAAGAAGGAACCAAGGACGGGGUUACUCACAAGUACUUUAGCCCAAAACGGGUGUUAUUCACCAAAGUUUUCGACCUCUCAAAGCUAGUAUGGGCCGCUAAGAGGGGUGAAAAGUCCCCCAAAGUCCACUUGGAUGUAAAGGGAGACCUUGCAUUACUCAGCAUUGCAGUCAGCGGAGGCCGUACUCCGGAACUUUACUUUGAGAAGGAUGAGUCAGGAUGGAGGAAAAUCACAAGGAAACAAUUUGAUGCUAGCUUUGAAAAGUUCAAGCGUGAAGAGGUCAAGGAAUCCGAGGUUGCUAAAACGGAAGUGCCAAAGAUUGGAUCUUCUGGCCCUGUUUUGAAUCUCGAAAAAGUUGGCCCCAAUGUCAUCUCUGACAAGGGCAAGGUUGAUGGGAUUAAUUAUAUCUCAUACUUCCUGAAAGAUUCCAGUUCCUUCUCGGGAGUUGUUGACAAGAGUCUAAAUAUUUGGGCUGGAAAUGAUUACGAGAGGUGUAACGUUGCAAAUAUCUAUAAAAAGGGCGUGGCCGCUUACCUUAGUCUCAGAGUAAGAAAUGGUUCCAAGGCUGAAUUCCAAUGUUUCGAGAAGGACGGCGAUAAGUGGAGGAGAAUUAGCCAACAGGAGUUUGAUGAGAGCCUUUACAGGUUACAAGAGAAUAGAACAAACAAACAGUCUGGUAUCAUGACCUCAGGCCCAUGCAUGAUGGUAUUACAGCUCAUUGCUGCCGUUUACUUUAUGAAUUUUCUGCACUAG